GAGGGGAAAAGCCUCAAUUUACUCCGUAACAUUGAAACAAAACUGUGUUUGCGCUUCACGUACUGUGCGUGCGUAAAAGCCUAGGUACACUACUCGCAGUAUCAGCGCUUCAAUCUCUUGCGGAAGUGCACUGCGGUGCGCCUGGUUGGGCUGCUGUCAGAUGACAGAGUUACCGUACAGCUGCGGUGAUACACCAUGCCACCGAAGGAUCCCCUUCUGGAGACCCUGAAAGUGUGUAUCCUGAACCUGAGUCAGUGUGAGAGCCCGGUCACCGACUCUUGUCCUCACGUCUCCUCCUGCUGUGAACUGCUGGAGCUCAUCCUGAGGAAAGGCCUACAGCAGCCGGUGUUGAGUCUGGUCCAGAGAGACUACUGGCACGGUCUGGAGCAGCUGCUGCAGAGUGACACAUGCGGACGUCUGGGUUCAGUAUCUCUGGCGGUGGAGCAGACCUCUGGCUGCAGGAAGCUCCUGAGUGCUCAGGGCAGGGGCCGCUACUUCCUGAGGCUGGCCGUACAGCGGAGGAUCCUGGGUACUGUAGUCCAACACAUGCUGCAUACUCCCAGAGUGAUAGAGUUUUACAGUCCUACAAUAUCGAUUCUGAGGAAUGAAGAGUUUUUGGAACCGUUCAUGUCCCUACUCAUGGUCAUCUCAGAGAAGGAGUACAAACUCGACAUCGAAAACUGCAGCUUCCUAGAUGAGAGCUGGCUGCUCCCUGUGUGUGAGACCUAUGAGGCUGUGCCCUGUCGCCAGCUGGGUAUGGUGUUGAGGUACGUGGGCGGCCGUGUGUUUGUGCUGGACCUGCUGCAGGGGAGCCAGGCGGAGGUGGACAGAUUCGUGCAGCUCGGCGACAUCAUAGAUGAAGUCAAUGGCACGUCAUUACGCAACGCCAGCAACGGACAGGCCAGCGUGGUUCUGUCCCGGCUGAAGAGUCAGCCCAUCUCCCUGCGUGUGCUGAGGUGUCGGGACCGUGAGGGUUCCGUGUUCCGGCCCUUGGUGAAGCCUCUGCGCCUCCUCCAGCAGGAGAACCCGGCGAUACUACUGAGCAGGCCCACGGACCCCACCCACGGCACCGGAACCACACAACGCAGACACCAACAGUCACAGUGCCUGCGGGAUGGCAGGAUUGUGUACGUUGUGCAGUUCUUGGGAAAGGCAAACAUUGGAAUGUACGGGGGGAAGGAGGUUCUGCAGUACGGCAUCCCAUUUGUUCUAGAGAGGAGCCACUCCCAAAAGGAGGUUCUUCUGGACCUGAAAGAAACUCAUCUCACCUGUACAGAGAAGUCCACCAAGCUUGAGGUAUUCCAGCACCACUACCCAGAGAUAUCUUGCGUUGGCAGGCUUAGUCGACCCGACUACAGAGUCUUCGCUUUCUGUGUGGCGGACGCUCCUGACAGCCCGACAUCCACGGGUUUCUGCUGUGUGGUGCUGCAGGCCGCAUCCGCGCCGGAGUGUGAGGAUAUCGUCAGCCGCAUCGCUGCUGGCUUCAAGCAUACAGAGUGGUCGGUGUAAGGAGGACACCAACUCAUCAGUACCCAACCAUCUACACUUGUAAAUGUCUGUAAAUAUUUCCAUUAAAUUAUAAAAGGUGUGAAACUCUUCAAAAUGUCUCCUGCCAUUCAGAGCAGGGCUCUCAAACACAAGGCCCAGGGGCUGGAUGUGACCCACCAUAUGGUUCAAUCUGACAGACUUGUACAGAGAAAACAAAAAGCGCUAAAAAUCUUGAGCCUGUUACAACAGCAACUGCAGUUGUCUGAAUAUCUCAGGUUUUUACAAAUGUCUUGUGGUAGCCAUUUACAGUCAUUGCUCCUGAAAUAAAUUCGGCCCUCCACCUCGAGAGGAUUGACUAGCAAUUAUUAGGCAUGUCAAUCUAGCGUUUGACAUCAGACAAAUUGCAAUAGUAAUCAUUCCAAGUUUUUUUUUGUAAUCCCAAGGUAUGUCUAAAUAACAUUAAAAAUCUACAGAUUUAUAUUUAGUGGAAAAUACAUUUUUCAAGGUCAAAGUUGGAGAAUUCCCAUUCAUUUUACCAUAGGGAGACAAGAUACUUGAUGAAUGGGGUAAAAUGUUAAACUGAGAUAUUAAUUUGAAACUUUUACAGUAGUUUACUCAAGCUAAGACAAAUAUUCUAUGUAUUGCAAGUUGUCUGAAAUAUUAUUAAAUAGGCUAUGCAAAUGAGAUCACACCUACUUUAAAUACGUGGUAAAAUCUGAAACAAUGGGCUAAACAUAAAACAAUUACCAAAAGUAAUGAUCCACAUCCACAUACUUAAUUGUUCCAUCACAUAUGAAAAAUCUACCUUUAUCACCUCAGCGGAAUAUGCUUUAAAGGGAUCAGAUUUACUAUGCAUUUUGCCAUUCAGUGGGUAAAACCUGCUACUUAUGACCUAGGAAAACUAUGUACCACUAAAUUGACGAGGGUAGAUUUUUUUGUGUGAUAGAGGGGUUGAAGGAUCAUUAAUGCAUGAACCAUUACUAUUGCAAUACGUUUUGUUUGGUCUGUUACCACAGAUGACAUGUCAGUACAUAUGACCUUACUUGCAUAUCUAAUCCUCAUAUUUCAGAAAACUUUUAAUAAAAAAAAUUAUGUACCCUAAUGUAGAUCAAUGUCAGUUUAAAAAUGCACCCUAUUCACAGAGGUCAUCCAAUGGAAAACAAAUCUCCCAAAUUUGACCUUGGAAAAACAUGUUCCACUAAAUAACCCAUAGAUUUUUAAUGUGGUGCAAGGAUCACUUAAUAGUAGGAACCAUUUCUAUUGCAAAUCGUCCCGCGUUUUGGCCUUUUUAAAGCUAGAAAUGUGACAUUUUCAGUCACUGGUCCAGCCCACUUGAGAUUACAUUAGGCAGACGCUUUAUAACCCAAGCAACCAAAGAGGACAUAAUCAUAGCCAACAUCACAAGAUACAAAGUGCACAGGAAAUACACAGAACAAG